UGCAAUAUAAAUAAUAAUCAGUUUUGGGUUUUUAAACUGCAUUCCUCUAUCCAAAGGGUUGUUUGGUUUCUAAUCUGCUCACUACUAUGACUACUUCAAGGCGCCUAGCAGACAGGAAAGUCGCGAGGUUUCAAAGGAACAUUGCAAAGAGAGGAUCUGAAAACAAGAAAGGAAAUGCCUACCCUGUUGGCCCAAUUGUUCUUGGGUUCUUCGUCUUUGUAGUUGUUGGAUCAUCUCUGUUUCAGAUCAUUAGGACCGCUACAAGUCGUGGGAUGGCAUAAGGAAGGAGGAAUGUUUAUGAAAUGUUAUGUAUAACAAAUAGG